UUCUGAAGACCGGAGUUCAAAUCCCGGCCUUGCCUGUAUGGAUUUUGCAUGUCCUCCCCAUGCCUGUGUGGGUUUUCUCCGGGUACUCCGGUUUCCUCACACAUUCGAAAAACAUUCACGACGCCCUUUGCUCUUCGCGACGGAAGUGACGUCCUUUUUAGACGUGUCAGGAAGCGUUUUUCUGUCCAACAUGGCGGCUCAGCAGAAUGAUGUUGACGAGCUGUUUGAUGUGAAAAAUGCUUUUUACAUCGGCAGUUACCAGCAAUGUAUCAACGAAGCCCAAAAAGUGAAGAAUUCAACACCAGAAAAGGAGACUGAACGGGACACGUUCCUGUACAGAGCAUAUAUUGCCCAGAGAAAGUAUGCAGUCGUCAUGGAUGACAUCAAGACUAACUCUUCUCCUGAGCUUCAAGCUGUCAGGAUGUUUGCAGAGUAUCUGUCAAGUGAAAACAAAAGAGACGCUAUUGUGGAUGAUCUCGACAAGAAAAUGGCAAAGAGUGUGGAUGCUUCCAACACCACAUUUCUCCUCAUGGCAGCCUCCAUCUAUUACCAUGCGAUGAACACUGAUGCUGUGCUCAGGACUCUGCAUCAAGGGGAAAGUCUGGAGUGCAUGGCCAUGACAAUUCAGGUGUUGCUGAGUCUGGAUCGUGUUGACCUGGCGAGGAAGGAGCUGAAGAAGAUGCAGGAGCAAGAUGAGGAUGCUACAUUAACCCAGCUAGCCACUGCUUGGGUUAAUUUGGCUGUGGGAGGAGAGAAGCUGCAAGAUGCCUACUACAUUUUCCAGGAGAUGUCAGAUAAGUACUCCUCGACGCUGCUGCUUCUCAAUGGGCAGGCAGCCUGCCACAUGGCUCAGAACAAGUGGGAGGAGGCCGAGGGAGUCCUACAGGAGGCACUUGACAAGGACAGCAGCCACCCUGAGACUCUGAUCAACCUGGUGGUGCUGACUCAGCACCUUGGAAAAGCCCCUGAGGUGACCAAUCGCUACCUCUCUCAACUCAAAGAUGCACACCGGGCUCAUCCAUUCCUCAAAGACUAUUUUUCAAAGGAGAAUGACUUUGACAGGCUAGCGAUGCAGUAUGCUCCCACCGCCACUGUAUAAUGGCCCUCGAGUUAACCUUCUUCUUCUCCUGUUUUAAUUUGCAUACCUGGAUUAAUUUUGAUGUUUUAUUUGAAGACAAUGUGUUGAAAUAAAAACUGCAACUGCAAAUAAUUGACAAGUCCAGAAUUUACAUUACAAAAAUCAAAUGAUCAUACAUCACCAAGCAAAAAUGCCAAACUAUGUUAAUUACGGUCUAGUCUGUGAAAGAGC